AUGGCGGACGUCGACACAAAAGAAGACAAAGAUGCGCUCGAUGCUCUCGAGCUAGAAGCCAAGGAAUUCGACAAGGAUGCCGAGAUUGAUCGAAUCCUAAAGGCGUUUCGCCUCGAUGCAUAUGCCGUCCUAGACCUCCAACCCGGCGUCCCCGAAUCCGACAUCAAAAUCUGCUACCGCAAAAAGUCCCUCCUCAUCCAUCCCGAUAAAACAAAGAACCCGCGCGCGCCCGACGCCUUCGACCGCCUCAAAAAGGCCCAGACCGAGCUUAUGGACGAGAAGCACCGCGAGCGCCUCGACGAAGCCAUCGCCGACGCCCGCAUGCUGCUCAUCCGCGAGAACAAGUGGACCGUCGACAGCCCCGAGCUCAAGACGGACGAGUUCGCCAAGAAGUGGCGCGACAAGGCGCGCGAGGUGCUCAUCGACAACGAGCACCGGCGGCGGCGCCAGAUGAAGGCCCAGCUGCAGGAGGAGGGUCGCGAGCAGCGCCGGCAGGACGAGGAGAUUGAUGAUAGGAAGCGCAAGAGGCAGCAUGAGCAGGAUUGGGAGGCGACGAGGGAUGUGCGAAUUAAUAGCUGGCGAAAUUUUCAAAAGGGGAAGUCUGGUGAUCCGGAUAAGAAGAAGAAGAAGAAGCUUAAGCCGAUUGGGUGA